CCAGCCCGCCAGAAGAACGCGCGGCGGGCAGACGGCUGGGAGCUGCUCCGGUGCCGUUCGCUUCUGCAGACAUUUGUUGAGUGCCCACUGUGCUAUGAGUGAGGCGCUAGGUAUUGAGUAGAAUACAAACCUGACUUGGAUGCUCCAGGAUGAAACGCCAUAGGCCUGUCAGCAGCAGUGACAGUUCAGACGAGAGUCCUUCCACUUCCUUUACUUCUGGCUCAAUGUAUAGGAUCAAGUCAAAAAUUCCAAAUGAACACAAGAAACCUGCUGAGGUAUUCCGGAAGGACCUCAUCAGUGCCAUGAAAAUUCCAGAUUCUCACCACAUUAAUCCUGAUAGCUAUUACCUCUUUGCUGAUACAUGGAAGGAAGAAUGGGAAAAGGGAGUCCAGGUACCAGCCAGUCCAGACACUGUUCCACAGCCUUCUCUCAGGAUUAUAGCUGAGAAGGUAAAGGACGUUCUGUUUAUCCGACCCCGGAAGUAUAUUCACUGCUCCACUCCAGACACCACAGAGCCUGGCUACAUCAACAUCAUGGAGUUGGCAGCAUCUGUUUGCCGCUAUGACCUAGAUGACAUGGACAUCUUCUGGCUUCAGGAACUCAAUGAAGACCUUGCAGAAAUGGGUUGUGGGCCAGUUGAUGAGAAUCUUAUGGAAAAGACAGUAGAAGUCCUGGAACGCCAUUGCCAUGAAAAUAUGAACCAUGCUAUUGAGACAGAGGAAGGGCUAGGCAUAGAGUAUGAUGAAGAUGUGAUCUGUGAUGUGUGCCGGUCUCCAGACAGUGAAGAAGGGAAUGAUAUGGUGUUCUGUGAUAAGUGUAACGUCUGUGUGCAUCAGGCCUGCUAUGGCAUCCUCAAGGUCCCAGAAGGCAGCUGGUUGUGUCGCUCCUGUGUCCUGGGCAUUUAUCCGCAAUGUGUGUUAUGUCCAAAGAAAGGUGGAGCCAUGAAGACCACCAAGACAGGGACUAAAUGGGCUCAUGUCAGCUGUGCCCUGUGGAUCCCAGAGGUCAGCAUUGCUUGUCCUGAGAGGAUGGAACCGAUCACAAAGAUCUCUCACAUCCCACCCAGUCGGUGGGCCUUAGUCUGCAACUUGUGCAAGUUGAAGACAGGGGCUUGUAUUCAGUGCUCUAUAAAAAGCUGCAUCACUGCCUUCCACGUCACCUGUGCCUUUGAGCACGGCCUAGAGAUGAAGACCAUCCUAGAUGAGGGAGACGAAGUGAAGUUCAAGUCAUAUUGCCUCAAGCAUAGCCAAAACAGGCAGAAACUUGGAGAAGCUGAGUACCCCCACCACAGGGCUAAAGAGCAGAGUCAGGCCAAAAGUGAGAAGACCAGCCUGCGGGCACAGAAGCUUCGGGAGCUGGAGGAGGAGUUCUAUUCCUUGGUACGAGUGGAAGAUGUGGCUGCAGAGCUGGGUAUGCCCACACUAGCUGUGGACUUUAUCUAUAACUACUGGAAACUGAAGCGGAAAAGUAACUUCAAUAAGCCAUUAUUUCCUCCAAAGGAGGAUGAAGAAAAUGGGCUGGUGCAGCCAAAAGAGGAAAGCAUUCACACUCGAAUGAGAAUGUUUAUGCAUCUACGCCAGGACCUGGAGAGGGUCCGAAAUCUGUGCUAUAUGAUAAGCAGGCGAGAGAAGCUGAAACUGUCACACAACAAAAUACAGGAACAGAUCUUCGGUUUACAAGUCCAGCUUCUUAACCAAGAAAUUGAUGCAGGGCUACCUUUGACAAAUGCACUCGAAAACUCACUGUUUUAUCCACCACCAAGAAUUACCUUGAAGUUAAAAAUGCCCAGAUCAUCCCCAGAAGACCACAGAAACAGCUCCACAGAAACCGAUCAGCAACCCCACUCUCCUGACAGCAGCUCCUCUGUUCACAGUAUAAGGAGCAUGCAGGUGCCCCAGGAGUCACUAGAAAUGAGAACGAAAUCAUAUCCGAGAUACCCACUAGAGAGCAAGAAUAACCGUUUGCUGGCCAGUCUCAGCCAUUCUAGGAGUGAAGCAAAGGAGUCCAGUCCUGCUUGGAGAACCCCGUCUUCAGAGUGCUAUCAUGGGCAGUCACUGGGAAAGCCUCUUGUCCUUCAGGCUGCCCUCCAUGGACAGUCUUCCAUUGGGAAUGGGAAAAGUCAGCCUAACUCCAAGUUUGCCAAAUCCAAUGGCCUGGAGGGCAGCUGGUCUGGGAAUGUCACCCAAAAAGGCAGCUCAAGUGAGAUGUUCUGUGACCAGGAGCCUGUGCUCAGCCCCCACUUGGUCAGUCAGGGCAGCUUUAGAAAAUCCACUGUAGAACACUUUAGUAGGUCCUUUAAAGAGACCACCAAUAGGUGGGUGAGGAACACAGAGGACCUCCAGUGCUAUGUGAAGCCAACUAAGAAUAUGAGCCCCAAGGAGCAGUUCUGGGGUAGACAGCUUCUCAGGCGGUCUGCAGGGAGAGCUCCAUAUCAGGAAAAUGAUGGCUAUUGCCCAGAUUUGGAGCUGAGUGAUUCAGAAGCAGAAAGUGAUGGGAAUAAAGAAAAAGUCAGGGUAAGGAAAGAUAGCUCAGACAGGGAAAAUCCUCCCCAUGACUCUAGACGGGAUUGCCAUGGUAAAAGCAAGACACAUCCCCUUUCCCACAGUUCGAUGCAAAGGUGAUUAGAAACUUCCAAGGAUGACCCAACCUUUGCCUUUGCCCCAUAUAUUGGGGGAAACCCAUACACCAAAAGGAUUUUAGCAUAUGUUAAGAGAAAUUGCAGUGAAAAGGAUAACAUUUUUCCAUAGUAAAUUGUCUUGCAGUUUUUGAAAAUGUUUCAAGUCUAGUUUUUACAAGCACAUUACAGUAAUUGCAGGUUGUCCAGAGGUUGGUUUGUCAGAGGCUAUUGGGAACAGCUGGGCCCAGGGUAUUUGCUCAGUAAAUAUUUUGGGGCAGCUUUGCAGUUAUAUAACACAUUGACAAGUAUAUGUAUUAAGAGUCCUUGCAUUGUUAACUGAUUUGCAAGAGACCAUGACUAUCAGACACUAAAACUACUUAUCUUUUGAAGCUACAGCAUGUGACUCCCAGAGCUCCUGUCUGUAGGAAGUUUCUAAUUCCACUGGUAUCUAUAAACCCUUUUCAGGGGAGAGACCAGGAGACCACCAUCUUAGAUACUGUCAAACUCGCUACUGUCUUCCUUUGUUCUGCACAAGGUUGAGUUCCUUUCACAGUAUCUUAACUUACUGAGUCAAUACUCCUCAUGAUUAUCAGUGUCCAGUGCCUGUUCCUAAACUUGCUUGUUGGGGACACACUCAUAACUAUUUCACCUGACUGACAAGCAUAAAAGGCUAACUUGUGGAUAGUGUUUACAAAAGUACAAAAGUACUACUUCCAAGGAAAAUGCUCUGAUUCUCUGUUUAGGCAUUUGUGAAGUAUUCCAGAGCCUUUCCCAAAGUUGAGACCACUUCUGGGGUAUUUGUACCAGGUCAGGGUUUUUGUGUUGUUGUUUUCAAAUAAGUUUGACUAAAAUGAGUUUGGCUGACAGUUUUUGUAUACCUGCUUUAAUGUUUAUAAAAUUUUUAUUGAGGUAUAAUUAAAAUAUAGUAAAAUGCA